CCAGGCGGGACACGCCCAGGGUUCGGUACUUAAGCUGUUGUGAGUCUCAAGUUUGGCGAGGUUUGGGUGUGUUCCCAGGUUCCCCGCUAAACUCCUGGAACAUGACAGCUUCUUGCGGGUCUCGAAGGAUACCUGCCCGCCGCCCCAAGAGUUCCUUUUCUUGUUGGAGCUUUGUUGGGAUCCUAGUGGUCCUGGUGGUCCUGCUACCCACACCCACCGAUGCCUGUGGUGCUCCACUAAGAUAUGACUCUAUGAUGCUCCAAGGUGGUUCUAAGGACGUUUAUCAAGCUGGGGACAGUGUACAAUAUCAGUGUCGUCCAGGAUACAUGCGUAUUCUUCCUGGUCUUCCUGUGUCUUCUGUUUGUCAGUCUGAUAACACAUGGGAACCUCUCCAGGAGGCUUGUACAAGAAAACCAUGUCCACAAUUACCAGACCCGAUAAACGGCCAAGUCAAUGGAAGUUUUGAGUAUGGUUCAAAGAUUCACUAUACUUGUAAUGAGGGUUAUCACUUAGUUGGAAAAGCAACUCUGUAUUGCCAGCUCUCUGAAGAUACUGUGGGUUGGGAUGCUGAUCCUCCACAAUGUGAAAAGAAUUUGUGUCAGCCACCUAAACAAAUAGAAAAUGGCAUCACCAAUACCCAGAAGGAGUCAUAUGAAUAUAAUGAAGUAGUAAUUUAUAGUUGUGUAUCAAAUAUAUACUCACUUAUUGGAGAGAGCAGGCUUAUUUGUUCUGAGCGUAAUGAAUGGAGUAGUGACCCUCCUGAGUGCAAAGUAGUCAGAUGUACGUCUCCAGUCCCGAAGAAUGGACAACUGCUGUCAGGACAUAAAACACUCUUUUCGUACCAAGACAAGGUUCUACUUGGAUGCAAGGAGGGUUUUCACCUUCAAGGCAGCAAGACAGUCGUCUGCGGAGCUAACAGUGAAUGGGAACCACAACCACCACAGUGCAUUAUCGGUCCUGUUACUUCAGCCAGGCCUCCAAGCACAAGUCAUCCAGGACCAGCUCCUGGACCAUCAACUCAUAGACCAUCAACUCUUAGUCCAACUCAUAGUCCACCAGAAGGUGGUUUAGGUACCGGAGGAAUUGCUGCAAUUGUUAUUUCUGUGGUUGCUGCCAUUGUAAUAAUUGGUGCUGGCCUCCUGUACCAUCACAAGAAGAAGAAAGGGAAAACAGACGUUAAUGCCGAAUACAGACAGGCCUUACCAAAUAAGGGAAGCACUUCAGCAGAGCACUAAAUGGUUUCCCACAAACCAGCGUAAGAUGUGUCAUUUUUUGAUUCUGUUAAAAUGCCAAGGUCUACAUUUUCACAUGGCUGCUAUGCAAAACAGUAUGGGAGAUCCUCAAAAAGUUAAGAUAGAACCACCUUAUGAUCUGGCAGUUCCACUUCUGGGUAUCUAUCGGAAUGAAAUGAAAUCAUGCUGUGGAAGAGAUACCUGCCCCUCCCUGUUUGUGGCAGCAGCAUUUACAAUAACCAAGACAUGGAACAGCCAAAGUGUCCAUCGACGGAUCAAUGGAUAAAGACAAGUGUACUUGUACAGUGAAAUACUAUUCAGUCACAAAAAGGAAAUCCAGACCUUGGCAACAGUGAGGGUGGACCUUGAGGGCAUUUUGCUAAGUGAAAUGUCAUACAGGGGAGACAAACACUGUGUGAUCUUACAUGUAGAAUCUAUAAAAAAUAAAACAAGAAAUCACUUUUGGAGGGACCAGAGGUGGGUGGUGGGGAAAUUGGAUGAGGUGUUCAAAAUGUACAGUUACGAGCGCAUAUUGGAAUGUAAUGUGUAGCAUGGUGACUGGUGUGCUAGAUUGCAUAUUGGCAAGUUCCUAAAAGAAUAGAUCCUAAAAAUUGCGAUCAUAAGGAAAAAACUUUUUUGUAACUGAGUUGAUGGGUAGAAACUAAAAUUGUGCUGUCUUUUCAUAACAUACAAAUUAUCAAAUGUUGUCCACCUUAAACGUACACAGCCUUACACAUUAUAUCAAUACAACUAUAAAGGAAGAGUCUACAGAGGUGCUUAAUGAUUUCUUAAAGUGACAUGAAUGUUCAGACAAUGCUCAGGUUUUAAUGUCAUUUGAAUGUCAUCAUUGUCCUUCCAUGCCUCUCUGAAAGGGGCAUGAAUUUGCGUCUGAACGUCUUGCCUCUUGUACCUCGAAGAGCACUUGCGUUUGUAGGGCGAGUCAACACAAGGCCCCUCGGAGUAUUAAGGUGAAAAAUCUCAAAAUUUAGAGAAAUAUACUUCAAAAUGAGAUAUUUCAUCUGUAAAGAAUGUGAUUUUGAAACCUUUUUAAAAAAAAGUAAUACCAACUCUUAAGAUUCAUUCUCUCAACAACUAUAUAUGGUAUAUAGUCUAUUGUAAAAAGUCUGUAUAAAUAUGUGUAUAAUACUUUAGCCCUUAAAAAUUAAAAAUAAGAUUACUGAAAACUGGGAAUUUGAGUAAGUUUGACUCCUUAACUAAGAAUAUUAUUGGGAUAUACUCAGUAAACAGUGAAAUUAUAUUAAAAAGAAACAUUUUAACUUCUUGGUUAUUUAGAGAAGCCAUAAGUAAAGUUAAUGUAUGGCAUUUGUUCACUUUUUUUUUAAGAUUUUACUUAAUUUUAGAGAGGGGAAAGGAAGGGAGAAAGAGAGGGAAACAUCAAUGUGUGGUUGCCUCUUGAGCACCCCUCUUGGGGUCCUGGCCUGUAACCCAGGCCUGUGCCCCAAGUGGGAAUAGAACCGGCGAGCCUUUGGUUCUCAGGUCAGUGCUCAAUCCCCUGAGCCACACCAGCCAGGGCUGUUCACUUUAAUAUCAAACUAAUCUAAAUCAGUAAAAAUUCAGCAACAGUAGUAUACUUCUAUAGUUAGAACACAUUCAAUAACAAGAAUGCCAGUUUAAUACAAAGUGAAUGCUGUGGCCUUGUAGUUUUCUCAGGGAGAAUUCUACUCUUUAAGGGAUGUAGAGUUCUGGCCUUGGUGGUUUUCUCUCCCUUCUUGAAAAAAAGGAUAGCUCACUCAGUCACCUAGCCUUAGGCAGUUUUGUGGGGGAGUAAACUUAGAUAAUCUCAAGUUGCAUCAGAAUUAGUUUUUGUGUACACCUCACCAG